CUUCAUCAACACCCCAAUUCAUCAUUAUCGUAUCAUUCCAUCGGCUACAAUUCACCUUUUUCGCAAAAACUGGGCAACUUGAAAACCCCAUCCCUGAAUUCGGUUGCCUAAAUGCCCCCAUAUUCUCUCCAGCGCUUGCAAAUGCCUCACCUCUCUCAAAACCGGAACCGUUCGUCUAACCCACAAAACCCCCAGAUGAUCCAAUGUUACGGUACAGUGGACUCCCCACGGGGAACUGGCGCCAUGUCACGGCCUUGGAACGAACCUUGUUUUGCGCGAGUCAACAAUUGAUCUAAUUUUCUCGUCGCCGAAUUAUCACUUCAGAGCAGUAUAUAUUGAUAUGGAGUCGCCCCAUCUUUUACUGUUGGUGUUGUGACUGAUAGCAUCAACAUUGGUUGUUGAAUAGCUUCACUUCUGUUCUUUUCACUUCUCAUCAAUUCUUCAUCAUGACGAUCCUUGUUGGAAGACCCUUGGACUGGGCCAUCACGGCUACAGCUGGUUCUGGCUUCCUCCUCUUCGGUUAUGAUCAGGGUGUUAUGUCAGGCCUGUUGACAGGUACUGCAUUCACCAACACCUUUCCCGAGAUCGACACUACAGAUGGAGGCAAUGGCAGCUCCUCUCUUCAAGGAACCGUGGUCGCCAUCUACGAGAUCGGUUGCUUCUUCGGCGCCAUCUUCUGCCUCAUCUUUGGCGAGUACUUUGGUCGUCGCAAGUGUAUCAUGAUGGGCUGUGUUGUUCUCAGCAUCGGAGCCGCUCUUCAAGCAUCAGCUUUUGGAAUCCCCCAGAUGAUCGUUGGCCGAAUUGUAGCUGGUCUUGGAAAUGGCAUGAACACCAGUACCAUUCCUGUCUGGCACUCUGAACUCAUGAAAGCCAGCAACCGUGGCAAGGGUCUCGCCAUUGAACUCGCAAUCAACAUCUUUGGCGUCAUGCUUUCAUACUGGGUCGACUACGGCAUGUCCUACGUCAGCAGCGACGCCCAGUUCCGAUUCCCCCUUGCUUUCCAGAUCUUCUUCGCCAUCUUGACCUUCAUCGGAAUUGUUCUUCUUCCCGAGUCUCCCCGUUGGCUCAUCAACCAUGAUCUCCACGACGAGGCUCGAGAGGUUCUUUGGGCUGUGCGCCGAGAUGCCAAGUCUAUCUCCAAGGAAGACGAGACUGUUAGCCGUGCUAUUGCUGAGAUUCAGCAUGCUAUCAAUGAGGAGCGAGAGGCGGCGCAGACGAGCAGCUUCAAGGCUAUGUGGAAGAAUGGAGAGCAGAAGUUCCUGUACCGAACAAUGCUCGGUAUUGGUGGACAGUUUAUGCAACAGCUUUCUGGUAUCAACCUCAUCACAUAUUAUGCCCCCGUCAUCUUCCAAGAAUCAGUCGGAAUUUCCCAUAACCUGAGUCUCCUACUCGCUGGCUUCAAUGGUGUCGCAUACUUUUUCUCUUCACUGAUCCCCAUCUGGAUCAUUGAUCGCCUCGGUCGCCGCAAGUUGAUGAUGUUUGCUGCGGCUGGUCAAGCAGUCUGCAUGGCUGUCUUGGCUGGAACGGUGUCUACUGGGCAGCCUGGACCUGGUAUUGUCGCCAUUGUCAUGCUCUUCUUGUUCAACUUCUUCUUUGCUGUCGGAUUACUCGCCAUCCCCUGGCUCUUGCCCGCUGAAUACGCUCCCCUGGCCAUCCGAACCCGCGCCGCCGCCCUCGCAACAGCCUCCAACUGGAUCUUCACCUUCCUCGUCGUCGAGAUCACUCCCGUGUCCAUCUCAAGCAUUGGCUGGAAGACAUACAUCUACUUCUGCAUAUUCAACGCCUUCUUCGUUCCCCUCAUCUACUUCUUCUACCCCGAGACCCGACUGUUGUCUCUCGAGCAGAUCGACAAGCUCUUCACUGGUCCAAAGGUCUUGCUUCAUUGGGACCACAGCAUGGGUGUGCCUGGAGAGGCUUCUGAGAAGAGCGCCAGUGGUGAAACUGGUGAGACGGAGAGCAAUGAGAAGUUUGAGGCUGAGGUCCAUAUGCGGGAGUAAAAUGACAGAGGAACUGGGUUGUACGGAAGGGGGUGGGUUAUACCCCUGCUUAGGUUGAUUCAUGUCGAUAUAGCCUCCAAUUUAUGAUCAUUUAG